AUUAAAUGAAAUUCAACAAAGCAAGAAUAGAUUUGAAUUUUUAGAGAUAUUAGGCAACAGACAAAAUAUGCCUAUAUUAAGGCAUGGUAUGGGGGCAUCAAAAUUCAAAAUAUAAGCUUUUGAGAGGUAUAGUCAUUAAUAUAUUUUUUUUUCCCUAUAGAGAAAGAAGAGAGAAAGCUAGCCAUGGCUUCGGAAAAGAGCAAGAUUCUGAUAUUUGGUGCAACUGGGUAUCUUGGGAAAUACAUGGUUAAAGCAAGUGUUUCUGCGGGUCACCCAACUUUUGUCUAUGUCCGACCCAUCAAACCCAAUACCGAUCCUUCUAAGCUUCAGCUUCACAAACAGUUUGGAUCUAUGGGAGUCACCAUAUUCCAAGGUGAAUUGGAGGAGCACGAGAAGCUUGUCGAUGUGCUUCGGCAAGUGGACGUGGUGAUAUCUACUGUGGCUGUUCCUCAACACCUUGAACAGUUCAAGAUCAUCAAAGCCAUGGAAGAGGCUGGUAAUAUCAAGAGAUUUGUACCAUCCGAAUUUGGAAACGAAGUAGACAGAGUGAGUGGUUUGCCGCCGUUUGAGGCACUGUUGGAAAACAAGAGGAAGGUGAGAAGAGCGACGGAGGCGGCCGGAAUUCCAUUUACUUAUGUGGCGGCCAAUACUUUUGCUGCUUAUUUUGUUGAUUAUUUGCUUCAUCCCGGUGAAAAGAUCCAAGAAGUCAUUGUCUAUGGAUCCGGUGAAGCCAAGAGUACGUAUCAACCUUAUGCGGUUUUGAAUUACGAGGAAGAUGUGGCGGCGUACACGGUAAGAGCAGCAACAGAUGAGAAGGUAGCCAAUAGGGUUAUAGUUUACAGGCCACCAAGGAAUAUUGUCUCUCAAUUGGAUCUCAUCUCUGCCUGGGAGAAAAAAACUGGACUUACCCUCAAGAGAACACAUGUUCCUGAAGAGGAAGUCAUCAAGCUCUCUGAAAGCUAGACAAGGACAAAGAUUUCCCAAUCAAGAACGACACAACACAUUUCCCGCAUUGCCACCCCCUUUUUUAUAAUUGAUAUAUAUAUAUAUAUAUAUAUAAACUAGUUCAAACUUAUGUAAAAGCCACCGCCACCUUUGGAGGAAGGAGGCGCGUCGUCUAUGGAAGAAAGUGUAGUGGCGGCCAUGGGAGUCGACGAGGGGGUGGUGGUUCUUCUCCUUCCAUCCAUGGCCGUGCGGCGGGUGCGUGAUGGUGUUGGAGUUGCUUCGGAGGAGGUGGCGAAACGAGAUUACUGGGCCAUCGAUGGUGUGCCAAACGCCGACGGAGUAGUAGAUCGGGUCUGCCUUCUCCGAUGAGAAGCAUCCUUUGAACCCUUUUUGAUGAAUCAGGGUCCAACAGCGAGAACACCUUGGAUUUCAGUACCAGAUCUUGCAACUCCCAAUUGAAACCUUCGGCGAGUCGGUCUUUGAAUUUAGUCAACAACCUCACAGUCUCUUCAUUGGCUUUCCCCGAGAAUCAUGAUGGUAGUUGUUUGUAAGCGUUGUGAAGGUGAUGAUCGGCGAGGUUAAGUUGAUGAAGGUGAAGCUUGGUGGCGGCACUGUUAGGACUUAGGGUUUGUAAGAAGACAAAAUAAUAAUAUAUCAACAUUCAAUCAUUCACAUUAUUACAUAAAUGAAAAUAUAAAAAUAAAUAAAUAAAUAUGUAGAUAUAUAUAUAUAUAUAUAUUGGGUCAUGGUUCUUAUUUCCUUAUCCCAGUUUAGGUCUUAAAAUGUUGAACCAAAUCCGCCCUGUAAUCAUGAUUUUUUAGGGAAAAACAGCCCCAUUAGGGAUGAUGUACCGCAGCAUUCGGAUUGUGCGAGCUAAAUUGUGAUUCCUACCACAUAUAGUUGUUGUCUUGUGUCUCUGUCCAAACUCCAAAGGCAAAUAGAAUGGGUCAAAGUCCAAUUAAUAUUUAAUGUUGGCAAAAGUUUCAGGAAGUUGUGAAUUAUAUAUGAUAUGCAUGCAUGUGUGCUUGGUCUAGGUUACUUAUCUGUUUUUCAAAAUUGUACUUUAUAUGAACAAAUUCCAUGUUCAUUUAAUAUAUUCUUUUGGGUUUCUGUUCUAAAAACCUUU